AUGUACAUCAUGUUUAAGAUCAUCCUGCAUCUGAGUUUUCUGUUUCUGGUGGACAGAUCUUUGUCUUCACCAAUAAAACAAAACAAAACUAAAGUCCUUAUCCUUGGUGCCGGACUUUCUGGAAUUAAAGCCGCGAAGACGCUACUGGACAGAAACAUCACCGACAUUCUAAUUCUUGAGGGAAAGAAUUACACUGGGGGUAGAAUACAUGCCAUCGAGUUUGCGAAUUAUUCGAUUGAAACGGGAGCGAACUGGAUUCAUUUCGUAAAUGACGGAGAAACCAAACCUAUCGUGGAUCGAAGGGACGCAAAAAAAAUGCAAGGUCUUACCUCUAAUUACUCAGACAUAUUGGUGAGGUAAGACACUUGGGAUAAGUGGAGAUGUGCAUAGCUAGAUUUCUUUGAAAGGGCUUAUACACAGGAGGAGUACAAACCUCUUGUGAGGUCUCUAGGCACCUCUUCCCCUUCCUCCGAUAACUCGUAGCAGGUAAAAGUCCGAAAUGUGUGGCGGCUUUUAAAAAUUGCAAGUAACACAGUUUCCAUAUGUUUACCGUCCAGGUGAACAUGAACAAAUUACGAUUACAUUUAUCUAAUUUGCUUCAGCUAUUUUAAAUUUGAAAGAGCUGAAAACAACGUACUUCUUCACGACCACACCCCUGUCAAGUCUCCGUAGACCGUACCAUCAAAUUAUCCUUUCAAGUCCAUUUCCCUUAAUUUCGUUUCUAGGACUACUCUUGUUACUAAUAAUUUUUUUUCUCAGAAAGCGACUUUAAAAUCGAGUGGGAACAAAAAUGCUGGACAUCAGGUCCCAGUUGUUUUAAGGGCGUAUAACACUAUCCACAAGACUAGAUAAAUCCGAUGGAUUAUGUAGCACGUUUUGUGAAAACCCUUUGAUGAACUGGGUCCAUGUUGAAAAACAUCGGUUAACACAAAUAAAGUCUGGUUAACCCGUAACAUGUUAGCAACAUAGCAUUCAGGUGACGACUGAUUCAUUUUGCCCCUAAUGGACACCUCUUUCCCUCAUCCUAAAUCAAGGGUUUACUGAUUUUUAUCGAGGGAAACUGAAUUCGAAUAUCCAUUUUGAGAUGAGUAUCCCUCCAAAGUACGCCAACAAAACGUUCAAAAGUUGUUGCUCUUGCAAACCUACAAUUGUUUUUAUUUUUUGUAGGGACGAAGCAGGAAACGAUAUCACUGAUUUUGCAGUUCUGCGUGAGUUUUAUGAUAAAAUCGAGCACAAAAUUGAAGACUACCAACUAAAAAGGAAGGGCCAGCCAGACUUCCCUGCCCGUGUUGGUAUGCAGAUGAUGGGAUGGUCAGCUGAACAACCCAUAAAAAGCGUUAUUGAAUAUUUCAACUUCGAUUUCGAGUUUGCAAGGUCUCCAGAAGUGGUUUCCUUUCACAACAUGUUUGAGCGAGGAGAAGACUUUUUCAUCGCUGAUGGGCGAGGAGUAUGGUCCAUGUACGAAGAUCUUUACAAGCCAUUGGAAGCGAAGACUUUGCUGGGCAAAUUAGUAAAAAAGAUCAAGUAUAAUGCCGAUUCUGUUGAAGUACAAACCUCCGAUGGAUGGAGUUACCAGGCAGAUUAUGCCCUUUGUACAUUUAGCUCCGGAGUUCUGGCCAGCGACUUGGUUACUUUCGAGCCAGCCCUUCCUGAUUGGAAAAAAAGAGGCCAUUUAUAA